CCCUGCAGUGUCGCCAAAAAACAAAAAUCAAAUGUGGCUUUCGCCGUGCUCGCUGGAGGGGAAAAUUUGUUAUUCCCCCUGGGCGUAACAAGCACUUGGUUUUUGUUUAGGGCGAUUCUGUUUACGGACCUUGUAAACAAUGAUGCUGUCAAUUUCGCCUGUAUACACUACCAUAGAAAUGCAGAGGCGUAACCCGCCUGGCUUUUUGUUUACAGUUGAAAGUCGGAUCCGCCGUUUUGUUUUUUAUUGAUUUUCAUGAAGUGUGAAAUAUUUAUAAAUGAGUUUUUAUAUUUUUUAUAAAGUAUUUUUACUCCUCUUUCAGAUAUUAAUCAAAUCUCUGUUUGUGUAUAUUUGUUAGUUUCGCCCAUUUGUCGGUUCACGAUCGAAUUGAUCCUUACAUUUGAAAUGGGCUAGCUGCCAAAGGUAAACAUUGAGAAAAUUGCUAAACAAGUUAGUCAGUUUGGCCUCAAUAAUAUAAUAUCUUUGCAAGGAAGUAAUGUAAAUAAUCUAAGAGUAAAUAAUAGUAGUAACCGCGCUGGAAAUUCUGUACAAACAAUGGAAAUCGCAAAGCAAGACAUCAGUAAAACUAUCAAUUGUGAAGCGUUCAUUUCAGAUGCAUUCAGUUCGAAUUGUGGUCCAGAAAGUAAGAGCAGUCAUCUUUUCAAAGAUCCCAACUCAGAACCACCAAUAAUAAUUAUUGAUCUUAGUAGUUGCAGCGAAUCUAAUCAAAGUGAGAAAACAUCGGGUGCCCUCCUCGCACAGGAUGAUGCACAACAAAAUAGCAGUCAACCACAUGAAUGUGAAAUUUGUGGCAAACGAUACCUUCAUAGGAGGAACCUUGUCCAACACGUCAGCGUACAUCGCGGCGAGCGGCUGCUCAGUUGCGAAUUCUGUGAUAAGACUUUUAUCAGAAAUUCUAGCUUAUGGGCUCAUCGGUAUACCCACACCAGGCCGUACAAGUGCACCGUAUGCGGCAAAGAUUUUUCGCAAAAAGUCACCCUAAAUGAACAUAUGUCCAUUCAUACGCGAGACUAUCGGCACAGCUGUGAUGUGUGUGGAAAAGGAUUUAAUUUCGGUUCUCGUUUGAAGGAGCACAAACGUACGCAUACUGGGGAGCCCGGCAAAAAGAAAGUGAAAACCGAACCAACAGGAAAAAACGCGCAGAACAACGGGGAUUCAUCUCUUAACCUGCCGAAAGCCUCUCGCAUUUUAACCAACGAUUCUAAAUGGUUACACAAAUGCAAGCUUUGCAACAAGCGGUUUCUACAGAGGGAUCAAUUUGCCGCACACGUCCAGACACAUCUCGAUAAACGGCCCCUCAGUUGUGACAUCUGCGGUAAGACAUUCUCCAGGAACUCAGCUUUAUUGAUUCAUCGGUAUUUACACACCGAUGAGCGUCCGUUCAAGUGCACCAUUUGUGGCAAAGAUUUUAAACACAAAAGUAGACUAACUGUACAUAUGGCUUCCCAUUCGGGUGAGUUUCCACACAAGUGCACUAUAUGCGGGAAAGCCUUUGUCUUGAAAAGUAACCUUUCCUCACAUAUGUCCCUUCAUACGGGUGAUCGGCCAUUCAAGUGCCCCCUUUGCGGCAGAGAUUUUGUUAAAAAAUAUCUCCUAUCCUUGCACAUGUCCGUUCAUACGGGUGUCUAUCGGUACAAAUGUGAUGGGUGUGGUAAAGGAUUCAAUACUAACUAUCGUUUGAAGGAGCACCAGCGCAUACACACUUGUGGGCAGCUGCACAGCGAGAACGUCCCUGUGGAUGACCAUGAUAUGGAUGAUAAGCAAAAUAAGGGAAAUCCACCCAACUCUCUGCAGCCAACAUCUCAAGUCUCAACCGUCGAUUCCACUCGACCAUACAAGUGCGAAUUUUGUGACAAACAAUUCCAUCGUAAGAGCAGUCUAGUUCAACACGUCCGGGUACAUCGCGGCGAAAAACCAUUCGGUUGCGAUAUCUGCGACAAGGCAUUUUUCAGGAAGGACAGCUUAUGGAGUCAUCGACGAACACACAGCGGUGAGCGGCCGUUCAAUUGCACGGUGUGUGGCAAAGAUUUUGCUUUCAAAAAUGUCCUCACCACACACAUGUCCAUUCAUACGGGUGUCUAUCGGCACAGGUGUGAUCUGUGUGGCAAAGGAAUACAUUCCGUUUCUCGAUUGGAGGAGCACAUGCGUACUACGCAUGGGAACGGCGAAAUGAAUUUGCAAAGCAGCAAGAAUUCACCCAACAAUAUGAAGGUAAAAUCUCCUAUCUUGCCACACGAAUGCGAGCAUUGUGGUAAACGAUUUAUUCGCAAAAGCCGCCUUGCUGAACACAUCCGCUCACAUACCGGUGAACGGCCGUUCAGUUGCGAUGCAUGCGAUAAGACUUUCAUUAAUAGUUCAAGUCUUUAUGCACAUCAGAAUUCACAUAGCAGACCGUACAAGUGCAGCAUAUGCGAUAAAGAUUUUACCCAAAAAGUUAGCCUAACCACACAUAUGUCCCUUCAUACCGGUAACUAUCGGUACAGUUGUGACGUUUGUGGUAAAGGUUUUAAUUUGGAAUCUCGAUUGAAGGAGCAUUUGCUUUUGCACAAACAUACUGGUGAUGUAACGCAUAGUGAGAAUACAGUGGCAGAAUACAACGCACAAGAAGACAAGCAGAGCAAUGAGUAUCCCCACAACAUUGUAAAGGUAGAAUCUCCCAUUUUAUCCAUCGAAUCCACACAAAGCGAGGAAAAUCUCUCAACAAACGAUGCAAGUGACGACGUGCGAAACGACCAACAACCACCUAGCCCCCUGCAUGAAGCAUGCCCCAUUCCAUUUAUCGAUUCCAAACGGCCACAUGAAUGCAAACAUUGCGCUAAACGAUUUCUACAGAAGUGGCACCUGGUCGAUCAUCUUCAGACACAUAGCGGCAAACGACCAUUCAGCUGCGAUGUAUGCGGUAAGACAUUCGUCAGAACUUCUACCUUGUCGAUCCAUCAGAAGACUCACACCGGUGAGCGAGCUUUCAAUUGCACCGUAUGUGGCAAAGAUUUUACCUACAAAUAUAGUCUAACCGCACACAUGCAGAUUCACACGGGUGAGACACCGCACAAGUGUAACGUGUGCGGCCAAACUUUUGUCUACAAAAAUGGUUUAAUCGCGCAUAUGCCCAUUCAUACUGGUGAGUGGCUUUACAGGUGUACCGUGUGUGACAAAGGGUUUGCCAUAAAAAGUGCCCUAACCGACCACAUGGCUCUUCACACGGGUGUCUAUCGGCACAAGUGUGAUGUGUGUGGUAAAGGAUUCCAUGCCAGCACUCGUUUGAAGGUACACAAACGCAGGCAUAUUAAUGAUCCAUCGUCCGGGUUGGUCAGUUAAUUUCCUUUCGGGUAGUGAUGUUAGGUGUAUUAUUUUUAGUUUGUUAUCGAUUCUUCCGCUUUCAGCGAAAAAAUAGGUAGACCAAAUACGGGACACAAGCUAAUCUAAAAGAUUCUACAAUAAUUGUUGUCAAUUGACUGAGCCAUGUGCAGUUGUGUUAGUGCGAGAUUGAGGUUAAAUCUGAUGGAGAAUCGUGCGCAUCGCGUAAACAUAUAUGUCUAUACACAUUGCAACUGUGUUGGUGUCCUAGACGUUAAAUAAGUCAAUGGUAAUAAUUUUAAUACAAUGUGAACUGAAUUCUAGUACGAAUAAGUUAUCCCACUUUGUCAAAUCCUAUACCAAUUAUAACA